AUGGGGGCCGAGGUUUCUCCAAAGCCGUCUGCUUCCCCUAUGAAGAAGCCCUUUGGCCUCAGGAGCACGAUGGGCAAGUGGUGCUGCCAUUGCUUCCCCUGCUGCUGGGGGAGUGGCAAGAACAACGUGGGCGCUUGGGGAGACCACGACGACAGCGCCUUCAGGGAGCCAAGGUACCACGUCCGUCGAGAAGAUCUGGGCAAGCUCCACAGAGCUGCCUGGAGGGGUAAAGUCCCCAGAGCGGAUCUCAUCAUCAUGCUCAGGGGCCCCGGCGUGAACAAGAGAGACAAAAAGAAGAGGACUGCUCUCCAUUUGGCUUGUGCCAGUGGAAAUCCAGAAGUAGUAAAACUCCUGUUGGACAGACAAUGUGACCUUCAUGUCUUUGAUAGCAAAAAGAGGACAGCGCUAAUAAAGGCCAUACAAUGCCAAGAAGAUGAAAGUGCAUUAAUGUUACUAGAACAUGGCACUGAUCCAAAUAUUCCCGAUGUGUAUGGCAAUACCACAUUACACUAUGCGGUCUACAAUGAAGACAAAUUAAUGGCCAAAACACUGCUUUUAUACGGUGCUGACAUUGACUCAGCAAACAAGAGUGGCCUGACACCACUUUUGCUGGGCGUACAUGGACAAAAAGAGCAAAUGGUGAAAUUUUUAGUCAAGAAAAAAGCUAAUUUAAAUGCACUUGAUAGGUUUGGAAGAACUGCUCUCAUACUUGCUGUGUGUCGUGGAUCAGCAAGCAUAGUUAGCAUUCUACUUCAGCAAAGUAUCGAUGUAUUCUCUCGAGAUGCAUCUGGACGGACUGCUGAAGAUUACGCAGUUUCCAGUCGUCAUGAUAUAAUUUGCCAGUUACUUUCUGACUACAAAGAAAAACAGAUGUCCAAAAGCUCUUCUCAAAACAGUAAUCCAGAACAAGACUUAAAGAUGACAUCAGAGGAAGAGCCUCAAAGGCUUAAAGGAAGUGAAAAUAGCCAGCCAGAGAAAAUGUCUCAAGAACCAGACAUAAAUAAGGAUUGUGAUAGAGAGGCUGAAGAAGAAAUGCAGAAGCAUGGAAGUAAUAAUGUGGGAUUAUCCGAAAACCUGACUAAUGGUGUUGCUCCUGGCAAUGGUGGUUAUGGCUUAAUUCAACGAAGAAGGAGCAGCAAACCUGAAAAUCAGCAAUUUUCUAGCACAGAGAAUGAAGAGUAUCACAAGCCUGAAGAGAAAUCUAAUGAAAACAACAAGGUCAAAAGCCCAAUACAUUCAGUGGAUGAUCUUGAUGACAUAAGUUGGCCAUCGGAAGUAGCCUCAGAGGAUUAUGAUUGGCUUUACUCUAAUUAUGUGACUUAUAUGUUGCUCAAUGAAGAACUCGACAUGGAUUUUAAUGAUUUUGCUAGCCUGUCAAAAAUCCAGGAUGCAGUUCUUUCCGAUGAACACUUACUAGAACUUCAAAAUAACCACUGGGAACAACUUACAGUAGAAAUUGAACAAAUGGAAAAUAUGAUUGAUGUACUAGAGAAGGAGCUAUCUGAAGCAAAGGAAACAAAAUUACAGUUACAGCAUCAAAAAGGUGAAUUUGAGCAAGAACUCUCCACUUUGAGAUUGACCUUAAAACAAGAAGAAGAGAAGAAAAGGAAUGCAGAUAUGUUGUACAAAAAAGGUAGAGAGGAGUUAAAAAGCAAACAAGAGGAAUAUGAAAAAGAAGUUGAAAUGAACCGACAACACAGACAGACUCUGCAAACACAAGCCAUGGAAUUGAGGACAAUAAGAAAGAAUUCAGAUCAGAUUUCUCUUAGCCAAAAGAAAGACGAAGAUCUCUUGCAUGAAAAUCGCAUAUUGCAAGAAGAACUUGCCAUGCUAAGACUGGAACUGGACACAACAAAACAUCAGAACCAGCUAAAGGAAAAGAAAUAUUUUGAAGACAUUGAAAGGGAGAAAGAAAAGAAUGAUAGUCUUCUAAAUGCUAUAAAAUUGACUGAGGAAGCAUUAGCGAAAGUAGCAUUUCAGUACAACGAACAGCUUAUCAUUUUGACAACUGAGAAUAAAAUGCUCAGUUCUGAGAUGAAGAAUGAAAAACAUCAGAAGAAAAGGCUGGAAACGGAAAUUCAGUCAUCUCAUGGUAGACUAGCUACUGCCCUACAUGAUGGUGACCAAAGUCAGCCAAAAGGGCACCCGGACCGGUGUAUUUUGUAUGGAGAACCGCGGCCCCGGUGCACCGACAAAGCAGCCACGCAGGGCAAAGCAGCAGCGCCGGCCGCGCUGGCCGAAAGAGCCGCGCUGGCGACCGUGGAGCUCCUCCGCCUGGGAAUUUCCUAG